AUGCUCCCAAACACUGUUUUGACAAAAGCGACCAGACGACCACGGCCUCUCAAGCUCUACCCUGGCCACAAAAUUUCGAAGAGGUACAUGAGGGCCCGGCUCAACAGGAGGGUCCUCAACUCCUUGAAGAGGGUUGUGCCCAAUAUUGCUGGCAAGAAAAAUGUUACCGAGUGUACACAGUACAAUCUGAUGGAAUUUUUUAAUUGCACGUUCAUAACAUGUCAGAUUAAGAAGUUGUCCAGUGGUGCUAUUCAAACAGAUUUGAGAACUGGCAGAUUUUAUGAACGGGGUUUUCACGUCAGAUAA